UAAAUAGCAGUCAGAAAUAAGUCAGAAAUCCUUGCUGAUUUUCUGCAUAUCCCUUAGUAGAUCCCCAGCUAAGCUCUGCACAUCCAUCCAUGUUCAGGGAGGUUUGUUUUUUUUUAAAGGAUGUCAGUUUCUCAUGUGUAGAAAGUAUUUUAACAUAGAAAGCAGCUCAAGAAGGUCACUGGAUAAUAUGUUCAAUAAGACAACUAUAAUUUUUUCCCAAACAAAAAUUUAAGCCUGCAGCAUGUUCGGCUCCUCCCGAGGUGGGGUGAGGGGAGGACAGGACCAGUUCAAUUGGGAAGAUGUGAAGACGGAUAAACAACGUGAAAACUACCUUGGGAACUCCUUGAUGGCCCCGGUGGGCCGUUGGCAGAAGGGGAAGGAUCUUACGUGGUACGCCAAGGGGAAAAAAGGCGAUGCACCUUUGUCCCGGGAAGAGGAGCUGACCGCCAUCCGGCGGGCAGAAGAGGAGGCCAUGAUGGCAGCCCUAGGUUAUAAGAACGUGAAAAAGCAGCCAACAGGACUGAGUAAAGAGGAUCUUGCCGAAGUCUGCAAACGCGAUGGAGCGGAUCGUGAUGAGAAGUGUGUCGAUCGAGUGAUGGGUCUGGGGAGUUCUCGGAAUGCUGGGGGAAGAAUGAUGUUUUCUAAAGAAGAUAAAGCAGCAGCAAAACUGGGUCUUUCCGUGUUUACGCAUCAUCCAGUGGCCAAUAGUCCAGAGCCAUCAGCUCCUCCAAAGGAGCAGGAUGAGAGAAACAGCGUGGAAAGGCUUGACAGGAGUGAGGUCAGCAAGAAAUCUAAAAAGGAGAAGAGGAGGAGGAGGAGGAAGAAGAAGAAGAAGGAGAAGAAGAAACACAAGAAGGAAAAGAAGGAGAGAGAGAAGCACCAGAGAAAGAGAGGGGCUUCCUCAUUGACCGCCUCUUCUCCCGAGAACAGGGAAAGGAAACGGAGGCCCUCUCUGGAGCCCCUGCCGUCCUCUUGCCGGCGUGAUGGUCCUUCUUCACCUGCCCAAGCAGCACAGAAACCGUCCGGCAGGUGUCAGCGCAACGCAACUUCAUCUCCUCCCUCAAAGCUGGAAAGGGGGAACCGUGGACGGCGAAGCCACAGCCGGUCCCCGCCUUCCAGAGGCAGAGCUUCAGGGGCUCGGAAACAGAUACGGGGGUCUCCUCAAGCCCCCCCAGCCAAGAGGAGGCAUGACACGGAUUCAGACGAUUGACCCAUCCAAAGCCGCCUCAGCUGUUGCGUCAGCAGAACAUUUCCUUGGCCGUUCGUGGAUCCGGAUUCCCGUCUGCUGCAAACAUGGGCGUUCCUUUCGUAGCUGGAGCGUUGAUCUUCCUCUGUCCCUCGGCACCGCCAUCCGAAAGCAUCUUUUCCAAAAGGACCUGUGCUUGAAUGCCUUUAUGAACGUAAAACCCUCGUAGCUAUGCUAACCGGUCAGCUCAAGUCGGUAGUUUUAAAAUGCCAGGUGGAAAGCGCUGAAUUGCCCAGAGCUUUUUGGAAAGGAUGUGCCUGCUGCUGAUCAGCUGAGUAGCAUGAAUUUUAAAGAGCAACAGAGCACUGAUCAGAUAGGGAUCAGCUGGGGAUCAGAUAGAGUGUCUCAUCCCAACCAGGAGGUUCUGGGGGAGUGCAGAAAUCCCCUUCUUAAAUUCAUAACGCCAAACAAAGUAUGGGGGAGCUCACACAGCGUCUUUCUUUUGCAGUUGAGACAGACAGCCAAUUUCAAAAGCAGCCACAGAUCUUGUAAUUAAAUGAGGAAAGACUCCGUUGGGUCCGGCUCAGCUCCUUCAUGGGCACAUCCCUGUAGAUCUGUUGACCACACUAGGUGUUGGCCACUGAUUUCUUCCAAGCUAAAUUGUGGCUGCAAUUUAUCUCAGAUCCAGGAACUGCAGGAAUUAUACCAACUCCAGGAGAAAGAGGCUUAGGCUUAUAAAAACUUAGGCAAGGUAUAAAUGUAUUUUGUGUCCAAGGUGCCGAGGACCCUGGUUUAUUUUUUGCAGCAUACUCCACAACUGCCAAUAGAAAAGCAUUCUUCCCUUGGCAAUUUAGAUUGAGGGGUAGAACCUUAUUUUUGCUGGUUUCCUCUGUCUUCAGGGCACGAUUUGCAUCCAUCUCCUUAAUGGAAGUCGUCGGUUCAUAACCUUACCUUACUAACAGCGUGUUUUUGGUGAGCAUUCUUUCAGGUUUUCAACCUGUACAGAUUUUUAUUACGCCCUGCGAGGCGCCCGAAAAAUGGAAAAGAAUCGGCAAGCGUGGCGGGUUUUUAAAAAAGCGGCGUGUC